AGUGUGAUGACCCUCCAGCUCCUGCUUCCACCUCUUCAUCCACCGGCUCACAAGAAAUGUCUGCCGUGUUACGCCGCCGAGUAACCACGACGAGCAUCCACAUCAUGGCUUUAGAUGGCAUAGUCAACGUAAACUCACUCUUCACCUUGGCGCUCUUCCUCGGUAUCACUUCUACCAAUACCUAUUCCACCCUCGUGGACGCCGGCACCACCUGCGUCGCCGGGCCCUCUGUCGCCGAAGGUCUCAUCACCUACCACGUCUACUCCUUCAGCUUCUUCCUCUUCUCGAGCCUCAUCGCCUUGGCUCUCAAACAAGCCAUCAACAUCAGUAAGGGUGUGGAGGAAGCCGAUGCUCUGGGUGUUGCUGGCGUGCGCAAUGACGCCUUGAGUCUCGUGAUGAAGGUUGACAUUUUGGCUCUCCGGAUGGGGAUUCUCGUUUCGGCUAUUGGAUCGGUUUUUGGAUGUGGGUUCUUGGUCAUGGCUCUGAUGAAUCUUGUGCAGAUCAAGUUGGGAACUUUGGCUUGUGGAAGUCACUACACUUUUGCAGCUGUUGGUCCCCUGCUUUUUCUCGUUCCCUUGGCACUCGUCAUCUACAUUGUUCUCGUGCUCUACGCCUUUUCUCGCUGAGGCUUUCCAGAAAUUCCGUCGAUGUUUGUGGGGCCUGUGUGCGAUGUUCUGGCGCAAGUUUCCAAACUUAAAGACAAGAACAUUUGACGUCCGACGAAUGUUGUCGAUUAUGUAUAUAAAUUUCAACUGGUAAUUACAACCAAAAGUCCAAAAACAGAGGCCGGGUUUAAAUUAAUAUUGAAUUUUGGGGUGGUUCUAAGGUUCAGGAUUUAUAAGUGCACAUGGCGACUCAGAAUUUGAUGUCUCUGCUGCAUUAUCUG